AUGAAGAAAGUAGAUGAAAAUUACAUCUACGUAAGGGAAAUGGGUUAUAAGACUGUUAAUUGGAAAUUUUCAGAGAUAAAGUGGAGUAGGUUUGCAGAUUUUAUUAAGAAGGAGUUGGUGAAUCCACACAUCAAUUUGCUUUGGUACCAAGAUGCAAGAGACGAUAUAAAGAAUUUGAAGCCAAAAGAACUUGACGAACCUGAAGAAUCAGAGGAUGAAAGACAUCCAGAUGAAAAUUUGGAGGAGCAGCAGACAAAGGCUGAUCUUGGAAACAAGAAUGAGAAUGUUGGGGAUGAGAUAGAUGAUGGAGAUGAUGUUGUGUUAGAUGCUGGAGAUGGUGCUAGUGAUGAGAGAUUUAGGUUAGUGUUUGAGGAAGGCACAAAUAGCAAAAUAGAUGUGAAAGAAGCAAACAAAGGUGAUGUUGAAGAGGAAGAAAGUGAUCCAAUAUUCGGGUUAGGGGAUGAACUGUAUCCGGAUACACCAUUGGAGUCUGAUGAGGAAUGA